GGGAGGAAAUUUUGUCCAAAUUUUUUAACCGCUUUGCUCUGCUCGGUUCAAGAUACGCUCCUUGGGUUUUUUGCAGAGCUGGGAUCAACGGCAGUUGGUGCCGGUCCGACUGUCUUAGCCCGGAGUCCACGCGGUCCGUUGAUGUUGCAGCCCUCCUACUGUGUUCGAGCUCUCAACUAUCGGACCACAGCACGAUCAGUGUUGCGAACGUCUAAAAGGCUGGAGAUAAAGCAGCUUUCUAAUUGAACACUCUGCUCGGUUGCACAUCAUGGCCCAAGAAAAUCCAAGGCAGCGACUGCAGAUGGUCCUCAACCAUCUUCGCUCUCGGAAGCCGUCGUCUGGAUCUGCCUUGCAAGGAACACUAUCUGGAUUGUACUACGAUGGUCGCCCGCAGGCAGGCUCUGGCCCUCUUUUCGAUUCCUAUGAUCCCUCUACAGGUGUCGUAUACAUGAAGCACCAGUCUGCGUCUCCCCAGGAUGUUGAAGCGGCGAUAUCAUCAGCACGGAAAGCCUUUCCAGCGUGGUCCUCCACUCCGGCAAUUGAGAGGGCGCGCAUUCUACAGCGGGCCGCAGCAUUGUUGAGGGAAAACAAUGACGAACUUGCUAGGAUGGAAACUCUCGAUACUGGAAAAGCAUUCUCAGAGACGUCGACUGUUGAUAUUGUAACUGGGGCAGACGUAUUGGAGUACUUUGCCAAUUUAGUUGGGGGCGGCGGACUGAACGGCGAGACGGUCCGUUUGCGUGAUACCGCGUGGGUUUAUACCAAAAAGGAGCCUCUUGGUGUGUGUGCUGCUAUUGGCGCCUGGAACUACCCUAUCCAGAUUGCACUGUGGAAGUCGGCACCUUGCCUUGCGGCAGGAAAUACGUUGGUGUACAAGCCUUCUGAAUUUACCUCCGCUCAUGCUACGGUUCUGGCACAGAUUUUCCAAGACGCAGGCCUGCCAGAGGGUGUUUUCAACGUGGUAAAAGGCGACGGAGCUGUUGGCCAGCUGCUGACCAAUCACCCGUCAAUAGCGAAGGUGUCAUUCACCGGGCAAGUAUCGACUGGUUGCAAAGUUGCUGCCUCCGCAGCUGGCGGUAUGAGGUAUGUAACCAUGGAACUAGGAGGCAAGAGUGCUUGCAUAAUACUCCCGGGAGCGAACAUCGAUCAGGCCGUUGAUGGAGCAAUGAUGGCAAACUUCUACUCCACGGGUCAGGUGUGCACCAAUGGCACACGCGUGUUCGUGCCGAAAGAGAUGAAAUCCGAGUUUGAGAAAACGCUCCUCGGAAAGAUGCAGUACAUCCGCGUAGGAGACCUAUACGAUCUAAAGACCAAUUUCGGUCCUCUUGUUUCAGAAGUGCAUUACAAGAAGGUGAUGGGCUACAUAAGACAUGGCAUCGAGCAUGACAAAGCUAGGCUUAUUCAUGGCGGAUUAUCGAAGCCAGGAAAUGUUCCGGCGAGCUUACAGAAUGGCUACUGGGUGGAACCAACCAUCUUCACGGAUUGCACGGAUGACAUGAAAAUUGUCAAGGAGGAGAUAUUCGGUCCCGUCAUGUCCAUACUGACAUAUGAGACGAUUGAUGAGGUCGUUAAACGAGCGAAUAACACCGAGCUCGGCUUGGCAGCCGGUGUGUUCGGCAGCGAUAUCAACCUGUGCCAUCAAGUGAUAGCCAGGUUAGAGGCGGGAAUUACGUGGGUCAAUUCCUGGGGUGAGAGUCCUGCAGAAAUGAGCGUUGGCGGCUGGAAGAAGAGUGGCGUCGGUGUGGAGAAUGGUACUCGAGGCAUUGAAGCUUGGGUGCGUAACAAGAGCACGUUGGUCGAGAUGGGUGGUGUAGUUCCUACCGUGUUCACUCCCCCAUCAGAGUCUUGAGACCGCGUCACGCAAAGAUUACGGAUAAUCCGAGAGUGAGUUUGUGCGUCUAGGGCGCAGGAAUGUACAUUAUCAUGCCACCAGAUUGCUAUCUGGGGAAGGGGGGCCUCCGCUCAUGCGAGAAGGAGGUUAGGCCAUCUUUUAUCUGGUCCAAAGCCACGGUAUCAGAUCUUGUGCCAACGGUCGCCCUUCAUAAGCCCAGGGUGCGUGUAAGUAGCCCAUGCGGGAACGGCCCGUGUGUGACAUCUAUGCGGGUACACAUACAGUGUUAAGACAGUGCCGGUAGAGACAAGUACCUAUGCGUGCGCUCCGUGCAUUUUCCAUGUCCUGCGAC